UUUCGGAGAAUUCCAAGAGCAACUGUUGACAGGGUCGGGAAACUUGUUCGAGAUGCGAAAUGGGGAUGGGGUUUGUGGCAUACUGACGAGUUCCGUCAAAUUAAGGCCAUGUUCACUUCUACUUAUGUUCCGUCCUUCUACCUUUGCCAAUGUGCAAAUGUUGUGGACCGACAAUGUCUCUGCCUAUGGCACAUUGAUGUGACUAAGGACGACAACAUGUGUGAGCGCUGUUUCUGGAUCAAAGAGAUUUCCUUGUUCUUUCGUGAUUUUGAACCGAUAAGCCUGUUUAGGGACACAAGUAAGUGGUGAAGAUGUCUCUGCAUCAGAAUCUUAUCUUUUUUAUGUUUUUUGCUAUGCCAUUAUGUAUGUCGAACAAAAAAAUUAUAUAUUCUGUUUUUAUGGCUGACUUAUUUUCUUAUGGCUGACUUAUUUUCAUCUUACGGCUGAGUUAUUUUCAUCUUACGGCUGAGUUUUAUUCUUCGGCAUUAUUAAUUAUUAACAAUGUUACGGCUGAGUUAUAUUUUCCGGCAUUAUUUACUUUACACAAGGAAAAAAAAGAAAUCAUUUUCGUUCCAACGCGAAAAAAAAAAGAAAAGCUCUCGACGACAGGCGAUUUCGAAGCGUCUCGAUACGAAGAUGCCUAAUUCGCACAAACCUCAUUUCUUGAAGCCUCUGCUUCCCGAUUUCCACAGUGGCGUGACAAUACCACUUGGCUUCUUCUCACAACACAUAGAAGGGAAGACAAACCGGAAAACAUGGAAACUAAGAUCGGACGCUACAGAUCAAACUUGGGAAGUGAUACAAGAAGGCAGGAGACUCACCGGAGGUUGGAAAGAUUUCACCACAGCACAUGACCUUCAAAUCGGUGACAUUGUCAUCUUCAAACACGAAGGAGAUAUGGUGUUUCAUGUCACACCAUUUGGUCCUAGCUGUUGUGAGAUUCAAUAUACACAUCCUCACAUCAUCAAGGAAGAAGCCGAUGCGGAUGAUGCUCCUUCUUUCUCAUUUGACUAUUGUUUUCAGGCUGAGGUCACUGCUUCGAAUCUAAAAGAAGACAAACUUUAUCUUCCUGAGGGAGCUACGACUUGUACUGCUUUGAACAAACAAUGCCAAGAGAUAAUACUUGUCAACAAAGAGGGAAAUUCAUGGACUGUGAGUUUGCGAUUUAGCGAAGCAGACGGCAUGUAUUACAUCAGAAGAGGCUGGAGAAAGUUCUGUCAUGCUAACAGAUGCGCCAUAGGAGACUUAUUUGUGUUCAAUGUGGUUGGAGAUGGGAAAACUACUCCACUAAUAUGUGUAUGUCCGGAAAGGGAAGAGUGAUUUUGAACCUAAACUUAUGUAUGUCGAACCAGAAAUUUAUGUAUGUCUCUUUUUAUGGCUGACUAAUAUUCAUAUUAUGGUUGAGUUAUUGUUUAUGUUAUUGUUUGAUUAUGACUGACUUCCACUGAACGUUAUAGCUGAGUUACUAUCUUAUUAUGACUGACGAAUACUCAUAUAAUGGCUGGGUUAUUGUUUGAUUAUGACUUAAUUAACGUAACGGCUGAGUUGCAGUGAACGUUAUAACUGAGUUAUU